AUGGCAAACGCGACUUUGCCAUGGACACUCGGUGGUCCAAGAGGUUCCUGCCCGGCGGAAUUACACUGUCUCAUUUGGGUCCAUCGCUACUUUGGCGACUGCGUGUGUAACUUUCGCGACGGGCUUUCGUUCACGCUGGGCAUGAUGAGCGUCGUCGCCUGGGGUGUCGCCGAGAUCCCGCAGAUUGUUACCAACUUCUUCGCUGGCAGCACCGAGGGCGUUUCGCUCACCUUCCUCAUGACGUGGACUGUCGGGGACGUCUUUAAUCUGGCCGGAUGCUACCUGGAGCCUGCAACGCUCCCAACGCAGUACUACAUGGCUCUGAUGUACACGAUAACGACGAUUGUGCUGGUGGCGCAGACGGUGUACUACGAGGUGUUCGUGCCACACAAAGAGGUGGCGGAGGGUGAGGACGACGAGGGCGACAGCGUGGCAGUGCAGGACAGCAUCAGCGGCAGCAGCUCUGUGCAGACUCCCCUACUGCAAGGGCAGCAGCAGCAGGCGUCGUCAGUGCCGGUGGGAGUGCCCCAGGGCGUGCCCAUCCCCACUGCCCCACGAUCCGAGAUCCUCUCCGUGCCGCUCAGCCGCAAGUCCUCCCACCGCGACAUCCACAUCCACUCUGCGCGGUCGCUAGUGAGCUGCCACACACCCACCAUGGGCUCCUUCGUGCCGGGGUCGCACGGACACCACCCACACGGCUCACACGGCCACCACCCACACUCGCUGCACGCUCGCCAUGCGCAGCACCACGUGGGGUCGCUGCUCAGCCAGUCACCCGGCCAGGGCGUGCCCCACAUCUCCCUGCGCAGCAACAGCCCCGUCACCCGCGCUGUGGCAUUCGGCAUGCUGCUAGUUGGCUGCCUGCGCAUCGGCACCCUCUCCCACUCCCUCUUCUCUGCUUCUUCCACCCCCAACCACCUCGGUCCCAUCCCCCACCACCCAGACCCGGCCUUUACCUCCUCCUCCACUUCCCCACUCUCCUCUCUCUUCCCCUCACUUGCUGCCUCCUCCUCCGCUGAUCCCGGCCUCGAAUCCUACCGUCUGCCAGCGCAAAUCUUUCCCAUGCGCCGACGACUGUUGCAGGUGAACAUGCACGGAUUGUUUUCUCAACACCUGCUGACAGAUGGCGACGAUGAGGAGCCGAGUGCGCUGGGGGAGCUGCUGGGGUGGCUCAUGGCGGCCAUCUACAUGGGCGGACGUAUCCCCCAGAUCUACCUCAAUAUCCAGCGCGGCACAGUGGAGGGACUCAGCCCGCUCAUGUUCCUCUUCGCCCUCGUUGGCAAUGCCACCUACGUGGGCAGCAUAGUAGCGCGCAGCAUGGAGUGGCAACACAUCAAGCCCAACAUGCCAUGGCUCGUUGAUGCUGCUGUCUGCGUGCUUCUCGACCUCUUUAUCCUCUGCCAGUUUGCCUACUACAGCUACAAGAAUUCAAAAGAGGCGAGCACAGACGAUGACUACGAGGAGGUCAAAUAG